AUGAGGACCCUUACGAGUGUCGCUAAAUGCGUCGAACGCACGUUCUCAUUGUCCCGACAGUAUCGCGCACCGCCGUCGCCGGAUCAGUCGCUUUUGCCGGCACUAGCGUAUCGGGAUACUAGUUCACGUAGGAGAGGCAACACAGCGGCCUUGGAUCUCACGAGCUCGAGAAUCAAUCUAGUCUCAGAUGAAGAAUCGAACGCGUCACGAAACGCAACUAAGCAAACGAAUGCAGACACACCCCGGAACAACGUCUCGAGUACCGAUCGCGUUAAAAGGAAAGCCACGACGACACCGCGCGACAAUAGAAGGAGGAGCGGAAAGAACGUGCGAAGGUCCGCAGCUUCCGAGCAAGCUAUGGCUACGGUCGAGGCCGACGCGAAUCGGGAUAACGCAGGGGAAUCCAACUUUAAAUUAGCCUGUUGGAAUUGCGGUAAGACAGGGCACAGAUAUAAUGCGUGCAAGGAACCGCGGAAAAGAUUCUGUUAUCGUUGCGGUAAAGAUGGAGUUACAUACCAUACAUGCCCUAGAUGUUCGGGAAACAUGUAAGGAGGACACCGAAACGGACACGGUCGCCUCCUA